AUUCCAAUGGACAGUUAUGAGAGGGCCAGGAAGCUUCAAGAGGAUGCGGGCAUCCCACCUGGGGUUGUCAAACGAUGCUGCUGCAACUGCCGAAGGAAGUUGGAUCCCUAUCAACUAUUCGAUGACAAUGUGGAGGAUAUAGCCAAGAGUCUGGCUCAGAUAAUGUUGAUUUGUGGCAUUAGCACGUCUAAAUCCUGCGCUGCGAGGUCGAUAAUCAAAAGGGCCUUUGUUUAUCACGAGCGAUUAAGGACCACCUGUCCACCGAAUCCUGCGCCCGGGAGUCGUCUGAAUCGCGAGGACUUGCUGCAGGCACUGCGACUCAAGUGCGAAAUGGAACCCGUGGAGGCGAUGCUCACCUAUGCGAUCAUCAAGAGGGCUUUUAAGGCAUUCUAUCAUGGAAAACCCCUGGUUACAAUUAGUAAUCCCAUUGUGGAUGCCAUGGCGGUGCACACCCAACAUGCCGCCUGGAUGCAUGCAGCUCAUAAGACCGCGAGGAUUUUCGACAAUUACAAGGCGGCCUUCUUCUGGGCCCACAAACACUACGAAAGGCAGAUUAAUCUGGUGUAUACUGCUCUUUACCAACGAAUGACCACCCGAUCGGAUCCUCUCCUGGUUCCGGGUUGUCCCUGCAGAGGUUGCUCCAAACAGGAGGUUCCCGGUCAUCCGAAGGCUGGGAAAAAGCAGAUGACGAAGAUCAAGCUGACGGAGGGUGCAGAUCUCCCGGAACCCUGCAUCCUCUGCGGUUUGCAGGUGCCGCGAAUGGAAAAGGGAGCUGUGAAGAUCAAAAGGAAGUUACCACGUCCCAUCUUAAAUCAUGAGGUUAAUCUCCCCCGUUGCCAGCAGUGCAAUUCACCCUUCCUCAUCUGCGAGUGCAACAUUGAUCAGUUGACCGGCGAACAGUUUGGCGAAUGUGGUCAGGAUUCCUACAAGGUCAAGUGGUAUCGUCUGGAGGAACCAGUGGCUAUAACCCAACCCAAUCCCCGAUCUUCCCCUGGAGAUGAAGAACAGGACACCAGCUAUGCGGAGGCUAUGGAACCUCCAGAGGAUUGGGAUAACCAUCAUUGCCCCUUGGACUGCAAACACGAUUCCUGCAGCGAAUCCUCGAAUGUCUGUCAUAGCACUUCCUCCUCGGGUUCAUCGGGUUCCUCGGGCAGUGACUUUGCCACCUGCGAGGAGGGCGAUGACAAGGAGGAGGACGUUGUGGCCAAGCUGGAGGAUUACCUCAACAAACUGUGGGCCGAGGAGGUGGCGCAGAAGAAGAAUCCUGCGUAUGUGCCCAGAACUAUUGAGCCACCUGGUUUGAAGUGUCUUAAAUGCAAGGACUAA